AUGUCAGACUUGAGUUGGCUCAAGAGUCAGCCUCUUUCGCUAUUGAAAACGGCUGAAGCUAUCGUAAAGAUUCCAAGUUUACAAUUAAAGGCUCCCUGUGCUUUGUUCCAGAGGUCCCGUUCUCCGAGCGGAUCAGCGCAGAAGCAGCUAGAUGAAGCCGAUCUGUUUAUGGACCUUAUCAAAGAUGUAGCUAAUGAGUUGGAUAUCGAUGUACUUUGCCAUAAGAUCCUAGUCAAUGUAUGCCUGCUAACAUCAGCAGACAGAGGCAGCUUGUUUUUGGCAAAAGGAACACCACCAAACAGAUAUUUGCAGGCAAAACUAUUCGAUGUCACCAGAGAUACCGAACUGAAUGACGCUUUAAGACAUGCGCGUACGCAAGAAAUUAAGAUCCCUUUCGGUGUUGGUGUAGCAGGGCUCGCGGCGCAGACCAAACAUCCUAUCAAUAUCAAGAAUGCUUAUGCUGACCCCAGAUUUAACAGUGAGAUCGACGCUCGAACAGGAUACAAGACGGAUUUGAUUCUGUGCAUGCCGAUCUGUAACUACGAAGGUGACGUGGUCGGUGUUGCGCAAAUUAUCAACAAAACAGAUGGAUGCAAAGAAUUCUCUCCGAGAGAUGUAGAGGUAUUCCGACGGUAUCUCACAUUUUGUGGUAUUGGAAUCCAAAAUGCUCAGUUGUUUGAGUCAUCGGUACUGGAGUACAAACGAAACCAAAUCCUGCUGGCCCUCGCCAGGAGUAUAUUUGAAGAACAAAGCAAUUUAGAAUGCCUCGUUACAAAGAUUAUGACGGAAGCUCGGGAGUUGUUGAAGUGUGAACGGUGUGCAGUCUUUAUUUCGGACACAGAUCACUGUGAAUCGAGUCAUCUAGAACGAAUAGUCCAACGUCCAGGCGGUCAGAAGUCUUCACUGCCAGCAUUGCCACCACCAGCUCUCACCAGAUUCCACACUCUGUUCGAAUUGGGUGCCCAUCAGUCUAGAACUACCCUCACUCCGCGACACGACAACACGUCUACUCUCGCUUCCAUUGCGUUAGCAGUGGCGCAGUCAAACAAAGCUCUCAACAUAUCUGACGUCGAUGAGUGGAGACGAGAGAAUGCUAUGAUAGUUCAUGACGUCACAAACGACGACGCGGCUAAUGUCAGGACGAUGCUGUGCAUGCCUAUUGUAAACGGUGCCAAAGAUGUUAUUGGAGUUGCACAACUUAUCAAUAAGGAAAAUGGCUGCCAAUUUACCGACGGCGACAUCUCUAUAUUUGAAGCAUUCGCCAUUUUCUGCGGGCUCGGUAUCCACAAUACCCAGAUGUAUGAGAAUGCGUGUAAGCUGAUGGCAAAACAGAAGGUGGCGCUAGAAUGUCUUUCCUAUCACGCGACUGCUUCAGCUGAGGAUACGAACAAAUUAUACCAGGAUAUAAUCCCCUCCGCCGAGAUCUACAACCUGUACAGCUUUCAGUUUCAUGACUUCGAACUGGCAGACGAAGACACGUGCAGGGCAACUUUGCGUAUGUUCCUACAAUGCAACCUCGUGGAGAAGUUUCACAUACCGUACGAUGUCCUGUGUCGCUGGACUCUUAGCGUUAAAAAAAACUACCGCCCUGUCAAAUAUCACAACUGGAGACACGCUCUGAAUGUAGCCCAGACAAUGUUUGCCAUGCUCAAAACUGGCAAAAUGGAACGUUUUAUGUCUGACCUGGAGAUUCUUGGACUCCUCGUAGCCUGUCUGUGCCACGACCUGGACCACAGAGGGACGAAUAAUGCCUUCCAAACCAAAACUGAGAGUCCUCUCGCCGUUUUGUAUUCAACUUCGACGAUGGAGCACCAUCAUUUUGACCAGUGUGUUAUGAUAUUGAACAGUGAAAGCAACAAUAUCUUUCAGGCUCUAUCUCCUUGCGACUACAAACAAGUAAUGAGAGUGGUGGAGACAGCGAUCUUAUCAACAGACCUGGCGAUGUACUUCAAGAAGAGAGCCAAAUUCCAUGAGCUGGUGGAGAACGGGGAGUUCGACUGGCAAAGUCCGGAAAAGAAAGAAUUACUCUGCGGCAUGAUGAUGACAGCUUGCGACGUGUCAGCGAUCGCCAAGCCCUGGGAGGUUCAGCAUAAGGUGGCCAAGCUGGUCGCGGACGAGUUCUUUGACCAGGGCGACUUGGAAAAACUUCAGCUAAAUCAACAACCUAUCGCCAUGAUGGACAGAGAAAAGAAAGAUGAACUUCCCCAAAUGCAAGUAGGCUUCAUCGACAUGAUCUGUUUGCCUCUCUAUAAAGUUCUCUCCGACACGUUCCCCUGGAUCCUGCCCCUGUACUCUGGCACCAUGGAUAACAGACAGAGGUGGCAAGAUCUCGCGGAAAAGGUGGAGAUGGGCCUCACGUGGAUCGACCAUGAUACUAUUGACAAGCCUAUUGAAGAGUUUACCGCAUCAAAUGAGCCAAUAAAAGAUGUGGAGCUCACAGUCCAAACCCUAAACUGCUCGAAGCCAAUUCCCGAAACCAGUACCAGCAUGGCAGUUGUCAAGCCGAUCAAACACUCUUUCCACUCUUUAAGAAGAGGAAAGAGUUCCAAUAUCACCUCCAGGUCAAACAGAAAUAAGCUCACAAGAUCAAUGUACGCAGCGCCCUCCCGGGAUGGGGCUCCCGAGACCGAGCGAGCUCUGAGGAAGAGCACGCUGGUGACAGACAGCCAACGAACCUCGCUGCUCGAAGAGCUGCCCGCGAAAACGAAACAUAAGGGCCGGCUUUGCCAUAUGUUGUGA